AUGUCCGACCCUCUAAUGAACUUCCGCGCUGCCCAUCUCAUAAAUCAGCUAGAUCAAUCAGCCCCACCUGGAAGCCCAGUCGAUAGAAACAAUCGACUCAAGCACGGGAACUGGUUCGAAACUCAGCUCGUGCUUUCCCUAGGAAUAGGCUCACUGGCUUUCCUCACGUUUUGUUAUUCAAGGGCUCGUUCGACCCUGACCUUUGCUCCGCGUACUCAUUUAUCAUCAUUUUCGCCUCAUCCAGUCCAUCUGAAAUCUGGCUUCUUCUCUUGGAUCUUACCCACCCUCAAAACCUCCGAGCACACCGUCCUACAGAUUGUUGGACUUGAUGCUGUCGUGCUGCUGUAUUUCUUCAAACUUGGCUUCUUUUACUUUCUUACCUGUACCAUCUUCGCUUUUCUUUUCCUGGUCCCUAUCAACAUUCAUGAAAAUGGCACAACAGAGGGGGUCCCUCCUGAUCCCCCCUCACCUAAAACUCUUCGAGCACUUGGCCAUCAAGUAACUCAUCCACUCAACUUUCUGUUCAGCGAUGAUAAGUAUAGCUGGCCCGAUCUGACCAAGAACGUCACGAUAUAUCACUGCGUCCAUCUCGCGUUUACGUACUUCUUCAGCCUUCUCUUGUUGCGAUUCCUGAAGAUCACCUACCUCAGAUUUAUCGACACUAAACCGAUCUUCAGUCUUGCUCAUCACUCAUCCGUUCCCCUCCGCACCUUACUAAUCGAAAAUCUACCGCUUCAUCUUCGAAAUGACGAAGCACUCUUUGAAUACUUCAACGAUCUCCUUCGAUUCAAAGUCGAGUCCGUCAACGUAGUCCGAGAUGUCAGUGGGCUAGUCCCACUAUUGAGGCGAAGAACCAACGCCCUCAUCAACUUGGAAGAAGCUUGGGCAAAGUGGCUGGGAAAUCCGGUUCGGGGAGAAGCAGCGCUCAACUAUCACCCAGAAGAAGAACUGGCACGGAUCAUUUAUCAUCCUCGAGACGAUCAACCCCUCAACAGUUACUUGUCUUCAUCAGACCACAACGCUUCUGUCAGGUCUCCUGCAAAUCCACCAGAUUCGACCCCUUUCCCUACUCAGCCAUCCCUGCUCCAUCCUUCGCUAAAGCAACUAUCGGCCGUUCCCCGUCCAACCUUCCGGCCUCAUUGGUUCAGUAGAAAAAAGGUGGACUUGAUCGACCACCUAACUGCUGAAUUUCAACAAGCUGAUGAUCUAGUUCAACGCCGUCGAAAGGGUAACUUCCGCUGCCACUCGACCGGUUUUGUCACUUUUAAAAGCUUCGUGGACGCCCAAACACUAUGCCAAGUCAGCCAUUGGCCUAAGCCCGGCCAAGCCAUCAUCUCACUAGCCCCCGAGCCUCGUGAUAUUUAUUGGUCCAAUCUUACCAUAUCACGGUGGUCUAUCAAAGCGCGCAAUGUGAUGGUCUUGCUCUCUAUUGCAGCAUUAUACGGGUUUUGGGCUACGCCGGUCACCUUCUUGGCCAAAUGGAUGUCCUACGAUACAUUGGUGUCCUUAUUAAGCCCCAAGCUGAUCCAAUGGAUUGAAAAAAGCCCGACCAUCAAAGCCUUGAUUCAGAACUCACUCCCCACCCUAGCCAUCAUCAUUUUCAAUGCGCUUUUGCCAUUACUGUUAGAUUGGCUCAGCACCAUGCAAGGUUUCAAGGCAAAAAGUUUGAUCGAGUACUCUCUGAUGAAAAAAUAUCAUCUAUUCCUUCUCAUUACCGUCUUCUUCAUUUUUGUGGCAGUUUCAACCGUAUCUUUAUUGCGAGACUUGCGAGACAAUCCAGCGCAAUUUAUCGACAAGAUAGCCAGCUCGCUUCCGGGCGCUCGUGAUUUUUUCAUCUCCUACCUGAUGCUUCAAUCCAUGGCCAUCGUGCCACUCCAGUUGCUCCAGCUUCCUGGCCAAGUGAGUCGGUUCUUCUACCGGCUAUUCAGUGGUUUACAUACGCCCCGGCGCCACAGCGAAUUGAAAAACAUGCACCUAGAAGUGCUCAGCCUGGGAACCAUCUAUCCGCAGGCGCUUUUGGUCUUUACUAUCGGGAUUACCUACAGCGUCAUUGCGCCGAUCAUCUUAGUAUUCGGAACAGUCUACUUUGGAAUGGCCUACUUGGUGUACAAGUAUAAGGUGUUGAAUGUUUACUAUCGUGCAUUUGAAAGUCAAGGCCAAGCGUGGCCCAUUGCUUGUAAUCGGAUUGGAUGGGCUUUGAUCAUUUUCCAAAUCUUUAUGCUCGGUCUGUUAUCACUUCGACAAGUGUUUCUACUAUCAACCUUGGUAAUUCCAUUGAUUCUGUACACGAUUCAGCAGCUCAUAAGGUUAGAAUCGGUUUAUGGCAGACACUCACAAUUCACAAGUUUAUCUCAACUGCGAGAAUCUCAAAGGAAGGAAGACGAAGAUAAUGGCCUUGGCGACGAAGAUCGAAUCGAAACUACUCUGAGGCCCUCUCCAAGUCAUAGAUCAAAGUUCUCGUCCUCAAAUCGAUUACGCAAAUCUUCUGUUACCCAGAGUCAGACAAAUUUGAACGUCAAGCGAUACAAUCGUAAAGACGAAACUUUAUUUAUACCCGGAGAAACUGAGUAUACAGAUAACACCGAGCCGCCUAUGUCGACAGUAUACUGGGGCAUUCUAGAUACUGGCACAAACCGCUAUGCCCAUCCAGCCAUCUCUGGACGAAUGCCCCUGCCCCAAUUGCCGGUCAUACGCGGAUCAGCGUCAGACAAAGCCAACGACACUCAGCCUGGAAAGAAGCGUUACGAAUUGCCUCAGUACCGGGCCUCAAACGCUGACUCGCCACAAUCGUCGGGGCAAAGUUUAAGGACCCUUGGCAAGUUCAACAGACGUGGUCAAGGGAGUGAGGAUAGUCGAGAGAACGGUGGACUGCUGGAUGUGACACCGGAGGUAGGAGAAUCGGAAGAAGACGACCAUGCUUCUGAUGCUCAGCAAUCUCAUGAACAUAAAACCUUAAAGGGGAAGAACCGUAAAUAG